GCGCUACAAGCAGCAGGCGAAAACGAGAAAAAAUCCAAUAUGGCGGUGUAAAUGUUGUGAUAGCCAGAUUCGCAAGUUUUAAAACGGAAAAGAAGCUAGUUGCAGAAUUCGUCUGUUCGAGCGAGCUGUGUGAUUGCACGUACGUAAGCAAGCCGCAGGCAGCGACCCUGUUUGCGCACGGUUUGCCACUUCAGAUUGUUACGGAACGAGUCGAAUAUUGGUUGUUCGACGGGAUCAAGGGCCGAGGGGGGUGAAAAUCUACACGGCGGCAGGCAGCAUCAACGGCAAGCGCAGAGGGGCAAGGCGAGGUUUUCUCUUCCGAUUUGUGGACGAUCAUCCGUUUUAUUGAAAUCAACGAACUUCGUACGUACCUCGCUGUGUUGAUUUGUGUAGUGCCGCCACCACAAUUUCUGCUACUGCUGUUUGCCGAAGAUUCGACGAACAAACGGAUGUGAAACUAACAACAACUACAACAACGAUCAAGUGACUAAAGUGUAUGUGUUUGCGUUUGUGUGUGUUUAUCCGUGCGUGUAAUAAGGAGAAAAGUUUGGACAGUUUGUGGCCCACAGGACUCAUACCGCUAAUAGAAUACACCGGAGCAAUACGUCACAGCGAUAAUUGUUUACAUUAGUAAGGAUAGUUUAUUUCGCUGCUGGAGGCAAUUUUCCGCACGCAUCGAAGAAAGGAAUAUCGUACCAUCCAUCCGCUGCCGUACGAUCAACAGUCCGGAUCCGGUGUUCCGGUUUUAAAGCCCGCUCGGGAACGGUACGGUGCGGUACAACGAACGCAACCGGCGCGGCUGAAACAGCAACAAUUGAGUACAGCGAGCAUCCCGUCGACCGCAAAAUACUGAAGAAACGAAGGAAAAAACAUUCCUCCUCCUUGGCUACUACCUACGAUUAUUGUACCACCAGCCACCACCACCACCGACGCCAUCAGGAGCUACACCGGCUGGCAGAUUCGCAUCGUAGUAAACGGCGUGAUAUCCAUCGGCAGCAGCAGCAGCGCAACUUGAGCAGGCAGCUGCGAGAGCGAGCUGUUGAGGGUGCAGAGGACGCGUGCGGUAGUAAUAGUCCCGGCGGCAGCAGGAGCAAUACUACCAGUCGCCCAGAAUCGAGCGCUAGUUGCUGUAGACGAAACAGAAGAAACCAUAGUAACGGCCCCGUCGUCAGUGCUAACGGCAGUCGACGCAACAUGACAACCGACACGAGACGGCGCGUCAAGCUCUACGCCCUGAACGCAGAUCGCCAGUGGGAUGAUCGAGGAACGGGCCAUGUCACAUCGAGCUAUGUGGAUCGCGUCAAAGGUGUAUCGCUGCUUGUGCAUGCAGAAAACGAUGGUUCAAUGCUGCUAGAGAGCAAAAUUCAUCCGGACACUAUAUAUCACAAACAGCAGGACACACUCAUCGUUUGGAGCGAGGGCGACAAUUUCGAUUUGGCUCUCAGCUUCCAGGAGAAAGCAGGGUGCGAUGAAAUAUGGGAGAAAAUUUGUCAGGUGCAAGGAAAAGAUCCGUCGGUAGAAAUCACGCAGGAUGUGGUGGAGGAGUCGGAGGACGAACGGUUCGAGGAUAUGUCCGAUUCGGCCCCACCGAUCGAGCUUCCCCCGUGCGAGCUUAGCCGGCUGGAGGACAUAUCGGAGGUGAUUGCCAGCGCGCUGACGUCGGCCAUCCGCAAGGACAAGCUGGCCCAGGCAAUCGAGUCGGAAAACUACAUCAAGAAGCUGAUCGGGCUGUUUCGGGUGUGCGAAGAUUUGGACAACCAGGAAGGCCUGCACUAUCUGUACGAGAUCUUUAAGAACAUCUUCCUGCUGAACAAGAACGGCCUGUUCGAGAUCAUGUUUGCGGAGGAUACGAUCUUCGACGUGGUCGGCUGUCUCGAGUACGAUCCGUCCGGCAAUUCGCCGAAAAACCAUCGCCAGUAUCUGAAAAAGUUGGUAAAGUUUCGCGAGGCUAUACCGAUCCGCAACACGGACCUGCUGGCCAAGAUACACCAGACGUAUCGGGUGCAGUACAUACAGGACAUCGUACUGCCGACACCGUCCGUGUUCGAGGACAACAUGCUGAACACACUGUCGUCGUUCAUCUUCUUCAACAAGGUGGAAAUUGUGACGCUUAUCCAGGAGGACGACAAGUUUCUGGACGAGCUGUUCGCGCUGCUGACUGAUCCCCAAACGCCGGACUCGAAGCGGCGCGACAGCAUUCUUUUUCUGAAGGAGUUUUGCAACUUUGCCCAGUACCUGCAGCCGCAGGGCAAGGAGACGUUUUUCAAAACGCUCAUUAGCCUGGGCGUGCUGCCGGCACUCGAAAUUACACUAGCCAUAAACGAGAAGCGAACAAAGUCCGCCUCGAUCGAUAUACUGUCGACGAUCGUGGAAUAUUCACCGUCGGUUGUGCGGGACUACACACUGCAGCAGUACAACAAUUCCGACUCGGAUGAGGAUCAAACGUUGAUCAACAUAGCGAUCGAGCAGCUGCUUUCGGACUCCGAACCGGAACUCGGUGGUGCCGUGCAAUUGAUGACCGUGUUGCGCAUCCUGUUAGAUCCGGAAAACAUGCUGAGCUCUGCCAACAAGUCGGAAAAGUCAGACUUUCUGAACUUCUUCUACAAGCACAGUAUACAGACGCUGAUUGCCCCACUCCUGCGACACACACAAUCGGAUAAGCCAACUAAUGAAGACUAUCAUGUGGUGCAGCUGCUGGGCGUGGUGCUGGAGCUGCUGUCGUUUUGUGUCGAACAUCACACCUACCACAUCAAGAAUUGCAUCAUCAACAAGGAUCUACUGCGCAAGGUGUUGGUGCUGAUGAACAGCGUGCACACGUUCCUCGUGCUGGGAGCGCUCCGAUUUCUGCGCAAAAUUGUUUCACUCAAGGACGAAUUUUACAACAGGCACAUUGUCAAGGGGAACUUGUUCGCUCCGGUGGUGGAAGCGUUUCUUCGCAACAAUGGCCGCUACAAUCUGCUAGAGUCGGCCAUUUUGGAGCUGUUCGAGUUCAUCCGACAGGAAGACAUCAAAUCGUUGUUAACGUAUUUCGUGGAAAGUUUCGGAAAGUUCUUCGAUGAUGUACAAUACGUCCAGACGUUCAAGACACUGAAGAGCAAAUACGAUCAGCAGCAGGAUCGACUGAAAGAAAAGGAAAAGGGAAAUUUAGAAAGCGUUCCUUCCAUCCUACGAAACAGCAAUCGGUACCGAAGGGAUCAGCGACAGAUGGACGAAGAUGAGGAAAUCUGGUUCAAUGAAGAGGAAGACUACGCCGAAAGUGCCGGCAAAGCAGGGGCACCGGAGUUGGACUCAACGAUCGGUAAAAUGUUCGAAAAGAAAGCAAUGGACACGGCCAGCAGCUUGAACGGUCCAAAGUAUGGAAGCGGCGCCGUUUCGACGGCUCAAUCCCAUCAGCUAUCGUCCCAGAUGCAUGGCGGUGUGACGGCAACCGCAACGUCGGCCGACGAUGUGGCGGCGACCUCGCACAUGCUGACCAUGAACAACGGUACCGAGGGAAGCGAUGAAAGCGGCAGCUCUGGAGCGGCAUCGACGGCCCAUCUUCACACCGCGUCGCUCGAUCCGAACUGUCUUUCACAUGCAGUUGCCCAGGCUGCUGCUGCUGCCGCUGCCGCCGCCGCCGCUGCUGCGGCGGUUGUAGCAAACAACAAUGGCCUUCAAGCGUCGUCUUCGGUUUCGGUGGCGGAGAAUGUCAGUGCGCUGGCGGAUGUGAAUCACGAUCCGCACCACAAAGAGCAUCGCGUGCUGGGCGAGGAUGGCACCGGCAGCGCAAAUCUUACGCCGGCCGACGAAUCUGCGCUGGACGAUGCAAACAGCUUGGUGGUGAGUGCGCUCGGUGAGAGCGAUCUGUCCUCGGUGUAUCAACUACAAUCGACCACGGCUACGGCAGUACAAUCGAGCUCGGUUGAGAAUGUAGAAAACACUCCGGUCACCAGUGCCGAAUCCGACCAGACCGGCAGUGGGUGCGAAUCGACCACUUCCUCGACACUGUCGUCCAUUCCGGUUGCUGAAGCGUGUUCCGCCUACACCGACGCUGCGGCGACGCCUGCCGAUUGUCAAUCGGCCACGGCAAACCUCGCCAGCAGUACGCUCGCGGCGGACAGUACCCACACGCAAGACGGUGUCGUCGAAUCUCUCGGUGUCGCGGUGGAGGAAACAGGCUCGAAGCGAAUAGCCGCGGAAACUGUAUCAGAGCAUGAGGGUGGACAGUCACAUCAGCUCGACGGCACAGCCAACAUUGGUGCUGAUGUGCCCCUGCCCACAAUGGUAACCGAUGAGAGUGGUGUUGAGAUUGGACAAUCGGAUAUGGACAGCAGUCGGGAAAGGAAGCAGCCCGAGGAUGCAAAUGGUCUUGAAAUGGCGAACACCACGGCUGCGAUGCUAACAACUCCCAUCCUGGACUCGGCACCCGCCGUCGAACAACCGUCCACUGGUACUGCAGCGGAUCUUACGUCCCAACCAGGUCUAUCCAGCGCUGCUUCUGCCGCUUCCUCAGCGAACACAACCACCAUGGUGAGUGGUUUGAAAAAGGGGCUGGUUGACUACGAAGGCGAUUCCGACGACGAGGAAGAGGAUGACGAGAGUAGUAGUCCCGCACAAAAGAAGGCGAGAAUAGCAUAGCAUGAUUCAGCUUCAACCGCGCACCCUCCUUAUAAACAACGCCAUCGAUCAGCAUCAUCUGAGGCGGCGGAUAGCAUAACUAUGGAUAAUUUUAAUACUACUACUACUAUUACUACUACUACCACUACUACUACUACUACAAUUAGAACCAACACAACUACUACGAAUGCGGCAGUAGCGGUGGCCAGCACUACAGAUGCUCCCGAUGCGAUCCUUGUUUCUUCUGCUGUUACUGCUGCUGCUGCUGCUGUUGCUAGUAAUUCCGCGUUUCGCAACGAAUUACGCACAGCGUCGAAUUCGCCAUGCGAUACAGAGGCAAAGGCAGACGACAGUGGCGGCGUGCAGGAUUGCAGGGACGGUAGCGUACUGGCAAGGGAUAGACUAGACUGUUCGAAUAUAAUGGAUAUAGAUAUUACAUUGACCACAGCUAAUGGUAGCGAUCCUCCUGCUGCUGUUGUAGCCGGCAGCCAAAACUCGAUCGCUGAGAACUGAGGCUGUUUCGGAAAGCAAGGGGCUUUUUUGUAAAGGAAAUGCGAUUAUCUCGUCUCAUACAUACAUGCAUGCGAAAAACACAAACGAAAGCCAACAUCUUCUCCACACGCUUUUUCAUAACCAUCUCGUGUGCCAGAGGGACAUAGCGCGUUGGUGUGGUGUAGGUGAAGUACAAGCAAAAUGAGACGAAAGACGUUAGAUCGAUACGAUUAAAGUUCACUUGCUUUCUCGGCUUCCAUCGCCCCUCUCUUCUGCUCGGUUCGCAAUCGUCCUUAAGGAUGAUGGAUCGAGGUCCGGUUUGUAUCACGCGACGAGGCAGGGUUCGUGGGUGGGUGUGGGAGUGAGAUUUACUUGCUUGACGCGUUCUGGAGAGAGAUAUAUGCGCAGUAUAUGCAGCACCUGGACUCAUAAUGUACAGUUAGUAAUUGGAUUCGUUUGUAAACAUUCUAAGUUAUAUGCGGGGAGGACAAAAAGAUCCCUCCUUAGCAUCAGGCGCACCUCAUCCCCACGGUGUUUGCAUUCAUUCGUGGGCUGGGCUGUUGAUCAUUUUGCUAAACACACAGACACACACAUACGCGCAUAAUAGUAACAAGCUGUGUUUGCGAUAAUUUCGUAGAAAAAUAUGAACAGAAAUGAAUGAAGAAAGGGAUGAACUUUGUUUAGGGUGUAAGGUUUACAUUUUUUUUCUUUUAACUACCCUUCGACUAUGAUUGUAUGUGUGUUUGAAGGAGCAGAAGGAGGUUACUGACCUAUGUGUGUUGUAGUGGAAGCCACACGAACACCACACGUGUGCUGCUGCAACGGGGGCAAUUGAACUGUUGGGUAGUGGAGCAGCGAGGCAAGUGUGUGGUGCAGUAAUACGAAAAGGCACGCGCACAGCGGACGGGGGCAUGUGAGCAUUUGUAAAUGUGAUUAAAACAAAACAAGAAAAAAGAAACUCCCCCGGUAUUUAAAAGCAUAACUCCUGCAAAUGACGAAAACAACAUUAUUUUAGUAAGAAAAUCAGAAAGCAAGGACGAGACAACGGUACAUAGGUAAGAAAGGCUUACACACGACUAGUAAUUCUUCGACAUCUCGUAACUUAAUAAUAGCAUUCGAAGUUUUCUUCUGUGUAGUGUCCAUCUGUGUGUGUGUAUGUGUUUUUUUUCUUCUUGGUUUUGAUAGCAGAGGAAACGAGAAAAAGCGGAACCACGAGUAUAUAGGGGAGAGUGUGAACAAUCGAACGGGUAGUGAUAGUGUUGCGCGUUGAUAUAGUAAUAUAGAAACGUACGAAGCUAUCUGUGUAGUACGUUUUUAAAUUAUUAUUUAGCUUGAAGCACGCUACCCUGAAUUGGCUCCCUCUAUCCUGUUUCUGGCUUUGACCUCUCUCUAUCUUGAAGCAGUUGCAAAAAGGCAACAUUUUAGGCAGCUGAUAAAUUACCGAAAUGAUUUCCUUUGGAAUGAUGACUGAAACGCUUUGUCGAACAGAUCGGAUCGCGGAUUCGUUGCUUAAUGUUGUGCUAAAGUUUCCUUUUUUCUCGGCAAAAGGUUGUAUUUAUACAACUGUCCAGUGUGAGGAAACUUUAGAGCAAUGUUGUGCUAUUGCGUAUCAUCGACACAAACACAAGCGUACUGGAGGUAUAAAAUCAAAAAAGAAUACGAUUAGAGGAAGGGUUUUGUUGGCGAAUGAACUGAGUGGUUCAACGGCACUGCUUUCCUAACCGGAAGAAGCAUGAUCUUAAUACCUUUCGUACGAUCAAUGCUUCCCGCUUACGAAAGUACUGUAUACACUUCUGAGAUUUGGUGAACACACAGUGUACAUACUAUAUACGUCCUAACAUGGGUUGGAUUUUAACAGUUUUGUAUUUUUUCCCCUAUUGCGAGCAGGACAUGCAUAAACAGGAGGAGAAAGAGGAUUAAUUUAAAGCAAAUCUUUUCGGUGAUUAAAGAACACAUUUCCACCUUUGCACACACAAUAAAAAAAACAAUCAAAAAUCUCACCUAAACGGAUUAGUUCGUUGAGAUUUUUGUGCGUUUUUUUUAAAGGCGAGGUUGACAUAACCAUCUUGGAAUGAUGGAGCUGCACUAACAAGCGAAUAAGAAGCACGCGUGUUGGAAGCUGGUAACUGGUAAGAUAAAGUAAUAAUUGUAAUAAAGUAACGGACGUCGAUAAUCGAUAUGCCACGGUCGCUCCUACCCCACUUUUGCUACGUUGGAUGGAGGUGGGAAAUGGAGGUCAAACAAACGGAUGUACGACAGAAACAAAAUAAAACGAAACAAUUUGAUUUAAAUUAUAAACAAAGAAAGCAAAUUGUAUUAUGAUGGGGCUUUGGGUGGAAUGCGUUGCGUUCUCUUCAGCACGUCGAGCGAUCGUCGUCCACAUGUCAUCGUGCUGCAGAGGGAGAUGGACCCCAAAACCCCCCGCGUUUGGGUCUCUCUCUCUCGCUUGUGUUUAGGUAAACGUGAACUGAGUAACAAAACAAACGACAAAAAAUUUAAUUUUUUGAUCGCAGAAUUAUUCUGCACCGGCCGCAUGGGAGGCAUGUACUGGCGCAAACACUGUGCUGCUGCGCGUGUACCGUACGAGAUUGAUAGAAAGCACUAAGCAAGAAGUAAACAUUAUAUGUUCUGUAUGAUGUGUAAAAAAACAAACAAACAAACAAACAAACAAACAAACAAAAAUCUAAAUGCAGCUUGAAGUUCUACUAAGCCUAAGGAAUAAUUACUGGCCGGCGAAACCUGAUCCGGGGAAGCGAUAGCGGCGCAGGCUCUAGGUAGGAGCGCGUGGGGCAGCUCUUUGCGGGCGGGGAGGGAGGAUCACACAACAAAACACAACCUUAAAGAAGAUUGAGAACCGUUUCGGGUUGCAAUAUCAUCUUGUAGUAGUAGUAAUAAAAAGGCACGGCGGGCGUUGAAAAA